CGUCCACAUCCAGAUCGCGCUUCGAUUGUUUCCUGGAGAUCAAGCGCGCAAAUCCCAAAGAACAACCCGACUCAGACACCAAGUAGCCCAACAUGGAGCAGGAACUCGCAGAACUCAAGAAGCAGGUCCUCACCUUACAGAAAGAGCUGUUCCGCGUCUCCGACGAAGCCGAAAUCCGCAAAACCCACCACAAAUACGGCUACUACCUCGACAAAUGCCUCUACAACGAAGUAGUCGACCUCUUCUCCAACCGCCCCGACACCUUCGUCGAGUUCCUCGGCUCUCGCUACCUCGGCAAAGCCGGCGUCGAGCGCCUCUACAAGAAGCGCUUCGCCCAGACCUUCGUCGCCGGCCGCAACGGUCCCAUCCACGGCUUCCUGCUCGACCACAUAAUGAUGCAAGACAUCGUCGACGUUUCUGCCUCGGGCGACCACGCCUGGUGCCGCAUGCGCGCCCUGAUGCAAGCUGGCACUCAUCACUCCAUCGAGAAAGACUUCCCGAUGGGCCACAGGCAGUGGUGGGAAGGAGGUCUGUACGAGAAUGAGUAUGUGAAAGAAGACGGAGUGUGGAAGCUUUGGAGGUAUAGGUACUUCCCGUUUUGGUAUGCGGAUUUUGAGACCGGGUGGAGUAAGAGCAAGCCGAAUUAUGUGCCGUGGCCGACGAGGACGUUUCCGGAGGAUCCCACGGGCCCGGAUGAGAUUCUCGAGAGGAAGAUGUUGUGGCCGGAUACGAGGGUGGUGCCGUUUCAUUAUCCGCAUCCGGUUACCGGGGAGAAGAUCAAGAGUGAGGAUUUGAGGGCGCCGAAGUACGGAGAGGGGGUGCAGGAGGGGUGCGAAGAGCCGUUGAAGUGGGAGGGCGCGGAGGAGCGGGAGAGUAGGAAGGGGGAAAGGGUGUUGCCCGAGUUGGUGCAGGACAAGGUGGAAGAGUGA